AUGGCGGCCGAGAGGCGCACCAUUGGCAUGGGCAUGGACUACUCGCCGUCCAGCAAGGCCGCCGCGAGGUGGGCGGUCGACGACCUGCUUAAGGCCGGCGACAGGAUCAUCCUCGUCCAUGUCCUCCCCAAGGGGGCGGACGCUAGCCACAAGGAGCUCUGGAAGAGCACCGGCUCUCAAGCUUUGAUUCCUCUACCGGAGUUCAUGGAGAUGAACGUGCAGGCGAGGUACGGGUUGAACCCUGAUAAGGAGAUAAUGGAGAUCCUGCAAGCUGCAUCCAAGUCCAAGCAGGGUUCCGCUAGAUGA